AAGUUUGAAGACAUUAUUAGUUGCUGACGUAACAGUUCGUUUACCGGUGAUCGCUUUACGGCAGAGCGUGCUGCUGGAGGUCAGAGAUACUUGUUCACUAAGGAAGCUCAGUAGUGUAUCCUGUUUAAAAAAAAAGGCGAUUUUGCGGUUAAUAUUAAAUCGGAGUACAUAUUACUCCCGGUUUGGGAAUUACUUGCUGCUGUUGGUGAAAUCCAGCGGAACGUUUUUACGAAGUUCGCCGUUUACGUUGAGUUGUUACGACAUCGCUCGCUAAGGUUAGCUCGGCUCGGCUAGCUUCUUCUAGUCUCCAGGCUCCAGUCUGAUUUUUCCAGGAGGGGUCUGCGGCCAUGGACAACAACUCGCAGGGUUCGGGGGGAUUCAAAGGGGGCCUCGGGGGUCUUUUCGGCGGGGGUGCCCCCGAAUACUCCAACACAGAGCUCGCCGGUGUCCCCCUGACAGGAAUGAGUCCUCUCUCUCCUUACCUCAACGUCGAUCCCCGUUACCUGGUUCAGGACACAGAUGAGUUCAUUUUACCAACAGGGGCCAACAAGAUAAGAGGCAGAUUUGAACUGGCUUUCUUCACCAUUGGGGGCUCAUGCAUGACUGGCGCUACACUGGGAGCUUUAAACGGUCUGAGGAUGGGCUUGAAGGAGACGAGGGACAUGGCGUGGUCCAAACCUCGCAACGUACAGAUUCUGAACAUGGUGACCCGGCAGGGGGCUUCAUGGGCCAACUCUCUGGGCUCUGUCGCCCUGCUGUAUAGUGCCUUUGGGGUGGCAAUAGAGAAGGCCAGAGGGGCAGAAGACGACAUCAACACGGUGGCUGCCGGCACGUUAACAGGGAUGCUCUUCAAAUCCAGCGGAGGAUUACGGAGCGCGGCCCGCGGAGGUCUGGUUGGCUUAGCCGUAUCCGGCGCCUACGCUCUCUACAACAACUGGGAGCAUCUCACCGGCUCUUCCUCGUCCUCCUCCACCCGGCUCUACUGACGUCCGCCACGCUGGAGACGCUACGUCGUCACCAGGUCCAAAUAUCUGGAGGACCCCGCCCCUUUAACCACAACUAGUUAGACUCUGGUCAAAUCCCGUGUCGUUUUCCCGCCUCCUGUCAUUCACCCACAAGCAUACUGGGAAUUAUGAGAGAAAAGUUCAUCAGCGAGGGUGUGAUGUGACACCCUGGCGCUUAGUUUUAUUGCUUUCGGAUGAGUCGUCUGCCUCCGGUGAUGCUAGGUUGAGAAAGUGUCAGUUCAUAGGACGACACCUGGUGUGUGGUCCAGACAAGUUGUCUUCAGACUGAGAGACUUUUACCAACUUGUAUUUAUUGAAACAAAUAUUGUCAGUGGUUUCGGCUUCCGUGAGAGAGGCGAUCACCGUGGAGCUGUACUGGAACUGCUUACUGUUCGUGUUUCUCCAUCAAAUCCGCUGUUUGAUAAGCUGAAAUAAAGCGGCAAAAAAACUGAAA